AUUUCAUUCCAGUCAGUGAGGACUGCGGCCCUCGAGGACUGGAGUUUGAGACCCCUGCUUUAGUCCUCACCUGAUAACAACAUGGAGAAUAACCAAACAUUUCUGUACUUUGCAUAUGGUAGUAACCUUCUAAAGGAGCGUCUCCAGCUCAAGAAUCCCUCUGCAACAGUGUACUGCGUGGCAAAGCUCAAGGAUUAUAAAUUGGUGUUUGGCAACUACAAAGGUCUAGCCAGUGACCGCUGGCAUGGUGGUGUGGCCACCAUAGAGGACAGCCCAGGGGACGAGGUGUGGGGUGUGGUGUGGCGGAUGAGCAUAUCUGAUCUAGAGUCACUAGACAAUCAAGAGAAUGUGAUGUUAGGUGCGUACCGACCAGUGGAAUUAUCAGUGAAGACAAAAGGUCAAGAUAUCAGCUGUCGUACCUACAUAAUGAACAGCUGUGUGUAUGCCCAACCAUCACCACAGUAUCUACAGGUGAUUGUAAUGGGAGCAGAGCAACAUGGCUUGCCAACGGAGUACCAGGAGAAACUUAAAGCCAUUAGGACCAACAUGUAUGACGGUCUCCUACCAAUGAUGGCUGAGCUGGAACAAGCCAGAACAAGACUUAAAGAAACAGCUAACCAAUGAUCUCUUGUUUGGUAAUACAAAAAAAGCUUGUCAUUUAUUAAAAUGAAAAAGUUAGAGUCUAUACUGAAUAUUAUAA